CUAAUUUUUUGCCAGUCUGUGUUACUUUGCAAAACUAAGGACAUGAUUUGGAAAUGGAGCCUUUUUCUCCUGAGCCUUGUAAUCGCUCAAGGAGCAUCGGACCCUCUGGCCGAUAUUAAUAAAGAAGUAACGGAUAAACUUAAAACUUUUCUGGAGAAUUUUACCGGUCACUGGCAGGAUAACACGGAGUUUCUCAACUGGAUUUCAAGAAUUCGUUCAGUAGUGAACAAAAAUGGAACCGAUUUAGCUGAGAAAUUCGCAAUUCGAUUUGGCUUUGAAUCUUACAAUAUUGAACGGUCGAUUUUGGAGCUACAAAUCUCAGAUCGUAUAGAGGAGUUGGAUAGCAUUAUUCCCCAACAGAAAAAUGAAAAAUGUUUAGAAUUUUAUGUGGCUCAAAAAACUAUUCUCAAGAAAGCACUUAAGCAAUCAAAUUCGAAGAAACUGGAAAAGUUAUCGGCCAACUCGCUCUCUUGCCCGUACUAUCAUUAUGACUAUCCCGAAUACUUGAAGGUGGUGGAUGCCAUUAAAAUGGCGCAGCACGCCGUCUAAUCGUCCUUUUUGGGCCUUUAUAAAAAUCACAUAAUAGUGAUUAAAUAAAUUUUGCGCAUAUUAA